AUAGCGUUGUAAUCUGAGACCAGAAGUGAUAUCCAUCCGCCGGGCGUUGAGCGGCCAGCUCUGAAAGCUAAGAGGCGGUAUUCCUGCGCGUGGAGGGGGCGGGGCGCAGAGUGAGGGUGAAGCUGUCGUUCCGGAUUGCAGAGGCAGCUCCCCCGUUUCCGCCAUUGCGGCUCCUGCCCGAUAGUCAGCGAGGAACAGCCGGAGGACGCGUUCUCUUAGACAGGCGGCGCGCAGAGGACAUCUUACUGCCAUUCCCAGUACCUGAGAGAGCGAGGAACCUGCGAGAGGCGGGAGGUGACAGCCCGGGGACAAGAGAGAAGCCGUACAGCUCGGAACCGCCAUGGCUCAGAUACUACCCAUCCGCUUCCAGGAGCACCUGCAGCUCCAAAAUCUGGGAAUUAACCCAGCUAAUAUUGGCUUUAGUACACUUACAAUGGAGUCCGACAAGUUUAUCUGCAUCAGAGAGAAGGUUGGAGAACAAGCCCAAGUAGUUAUCAUUGAUAUGAAUGACCCCAGCAAUCCUAUCCGUAGGCCUAUAUCUGCUGAUAAUGCAAUCAUGAAUCCUGCCAGCAAAGUCAUAGCACUGAAAGCUGGAAAAACCCUGCAGAUCUUUAACAUUGAAAUGAAAAGUAAAAUGAAGGCUCACACCAUGACCGAUGAUGUCACCUUUUGGAAGUGGAUCUCUCUGAACACUGUUGCUCUAGUAACUGACAAUGCUGUAUAUCAUUGGAGCAUGGAGGGGGAAUCGCAGCCAGUAAAGAUGUUUGAUCGCCACUCCAGCUUGGCAGGAUGCCAGAUCAUUAACUACCGAACAGAUGCAAAACAAAAGUGGCUGCUUCUGACUGGAAUAUCUGCCCAGCAAAACAGAGUUGUUGGAGCAAUGCAGCUUUACUCCGUGGACAGGAAAGUGUCUCAACCUAUUGAAGGCCAUGCAGCUAGCUUUGCCCAGUUUAAAAUGGAGGGAAAUGCUGAAGAGUCAACAUUGUUCUGCUUUGCUGUAAGAGGCCAGGCUGGUGGAAAGUUGCAUAUCAUAGAAGUUGGAACACCACCCACUGGUAACCAGCCUUUCCCAAAGAAGGCAGUGGAUGUCUUCUUUCCCCCUGAAGCCCAGAAUGACUUUCCUGUGGCAAUGCAGAUCAGUGGAAAACAUGAUGUUGUCUUCUUAAUUACGAAGUAUGGUUACAUUCACCUCUAUGACCUGGAAACUGGCACCUGCAUUUAUAUGAACAGGAUUAGCGGGGAGACCAUUUUUGUCACUGCUCCACAUGAAGCCACUGCUGGGAUUAUUGGAGUGAACAGAAAGGGCCAGGUGCUGUCAGUCUGUGUAGAAGAAGAAAAUAUUAUACCAUAUAUCACCAAUGUUCUGCAGAACCCUGAUCUAGCCCUGCGCAUGGCUGUUCGUAACAAUCUUGCUGGAGCAGAAGAGCUGUUUGCUCGCAAAUUUAAUGCUCUCUUUGCCCAGGGAAAUUAUUCCGAAGCAGCAAAGGUGGCUGCAAAUGCACCAAAGGGUAUUCUUCGUACACCAGAAACAAUAAGGCGCUUUCAGAGUGUUCCUGCACAGCCAGGUCAGACCUCACCUUUGCUUCAGUAUUUCGGCAUUCUCUUGGACCAGGGUCAGCUGAAUAAAUAUGAGUCUCUGGAAUUAUGUAGACCUGUACUGCAGCAAGGUCGCAAGCAACUUCUUGAGAAGUGGCUAAAAGAAGACAAGUUGGAGUGUUCAGAAGAACUGGGAGAUUUGGUGAAGUCUGUGGAUCCUACUCUGGCUUUAAGUGUUUACUUGAGGGCUAAUGUUCCAAACAAGGUUAUUCAGUGUUUUGCAGAAACUGGGCAGGUUCAGAAGAUUGUCCUGUAUGCUAAGAAGGUUGGAUACACCCCUGAUUGGAUUUUCCUACUGAGAAAUGUCAUGAGAAUUAACCCAGAUCAAGGCCAACAGUUUGCUCAAAUGUUGGUUCAGGAUGAGGAGCCACUCGCUGAUAUCACACAGAUCGUGGAUGUGUUUAUGGAAUACAACCUUAUCCAGCAGUGUACUGCUUUUCUACUGGAUGCUCUCAAGAACAACCGUCCAAGUGAGGGUCCUUUGCAAACACGCUUGCUUGAAAUGAACCUCAUGCAUGCUCCUCAGGUGGCCGAUGCUAUCUUGGGCAACCAGAUGUUUACACACUAUGAUCGUGCUCACAUUGCCCAGCUUUGUGAGAAAGCUGGUCUGCUACAAAGAGCUCUAGAACACUUCACAGAUCUGUAUGAUAUCAAGAGAGCAGUUGUCCAUACUCACCUUCUCAAUCCAGAGUGGCUUGUUAAUUAUUUUGGCUCUCUGUCCGUUGAAGACUCUCUCGAGUGCUUGCGUGCAAUGCUUUCUGCAAACAUCCGUCAAAACCUUCAGAUAUGUGUACAAGUAGCCUCCAAAUACCAUGAGCAGCUUUCUACCCAGUCUCUGAUUGAACUUUUUGAAUCAUUCAAGAGUUUUGAAGGGCUGUUUUAUUUCCUGGGCUCUAUUGUUAACUUCAGCCAAGAUCCUGAUGUUCACUUCAAGUACAUUCAGGCAGCUUGCAAAACUGGUCAAAUAAAAGAAGUUGAGAGAAUUUGCAGAGAGAGUAACUGUUAUGAUCCAGAACGUGUGAAAAACUUCCUUAAGGAAGCUAAACUUACAGACCAGCUGCCACUCAUAAUUGUAUGUGACCGCUUUGACUUUGUCCAUGAUCUUGUCCUGUAUCUGUACAGAAAUAAUCUGCAGAAGUAUAUUGAGAUUUAUGUUCAGAAGGUUAACCCCAGCCGAUUGCCUGUGGUUAUUGGUGGUUUGCUUGAUGUGGAUUGCUCUGAGGAUGUGAUCAAGAACCUCAUCCUUGUGGUGAGAGGACAGUUCUCCACCGAUGAACUAGUUGCUGAAGUUGAAAAAAGGAACCGGUUAAAGUUACUUCUGCCAUGGCUGGAGUCUCGUAUCCAUGAGGGCUGUGAAGAGCCAGCCACACACAAUGCUUUGGCAAAGAUUUACAUCGACAGUAAUAACAACCCAGAGCGCUUCCUGCGUGAAAACCCAUAUUAUGACAGCCGUGUUGUUGGAAAGUAUUGUGAAAAGAGAGAUCCACAUCUGGCAUGUGUGGCAUAUGAGAGAGGACAGUGUGACUUGGAGCUCAUCAAUGUUUGCAAUGAAAACUCACUUUUUAAAAGCCUCUCAAGGUAUCUGGUACGCCGUAAGGAUCCUGAAUUGUGGGCCAGUGUACUGUUAGAAAGCAAUCCAUACAGAAGGCCUCUUAUUGAUCAGGUUGUCCAAACAGCAUUGUCAGAAACUCAAGAUCCUGAAGAAGUAUCUGUUACUGUAAAAGCUUUUAUGACUGCAGACCUUCCCAAUGAACUCAUUGAGCUAUUGGAAAAGAUUGUUUUGGAUAAUUCAGUUUUCAGUGAACACAGAAAUUUGCAGAACUUGCUGAUCCUGACUGCUAUUAAAGCUGAUCGCACCAGAGUUAUGGAAUAUAUUAAUCGAUUGGAUAACUAUGAUGCUCCAGAUAUUGCGAAUAUCGCCAUUAGUAAUGAGCUGUAUGAGGAGGCUUUUGCCAUUUUUAGGAAAUUUGACGUGAACACUUCUGCCAUACAGGUUUUGAUUGAGCACAUUGGAAAUUUGGACCGUGCUUAUGAAUUUGCUGAGCGAUGCAAUGAACCAGCUGUGUGGAGCCAACUGGCAAAGGCUCAGCUGCAGAAAGGAAUGGUCAAAGAAGCAAUUGACUCCUACAUUAAAGCAGAUGAUCCGUCUUCUUACAUGGAAGUUGUACAGGCUGCCAAUGCUAGUGGUAAUUGGGAGGAACUUGUUAAAUACCUGCAGAUGGCUCGAAAGAAGGCAAGGGAGUCCUAUGUAGAAACAGAGCUCAUCUUUGCUCUUGCUAAAACCAAUCGUCUUACAGAACUUGAGGAGUUUAUUAAUGGACCAAACAAUGCUCACAUUCAGCAAGUUGGUGACAGAUGCUAUGAUGAGAAAAUGUAUGAUGCUGCUAAGCUUCUCUACAAUAAUGUUUCAAAUUUUGGCCGUUUGGCAUCCACAUUGGUCCAUCUGGGAGAAUAUCAAGCUGCUGUGGAUGGAGCAAGGAAGGCAAACAGCACUCGCACCUGGAAAGAGGUUUGCUUUGCAUGUGUUGAUGGUAAGGAGUUCCGCCUUGCCCAAAUGUGUGGCCUUCACAUUGUGGUACAUGCAGAUGAAUUGGAGGAGCUAAUAAACUAUUAUCAGGAUCGUGGUUACUUUGAAGAGCUUAUCACCAUGCUUGAAGCAGCUCUGGGACUUGAGAGGGCACACAUGGGCAUGUUCACUGAGCUUGCUAUUCUCUAUUCUAAGUUCAAGAAAAUAUACUUCAUAAUAGUUUUUUCUUUGACAAUAGAAAUGGUUAAAAAAAUGACCGAGUGUAUGCAGAGGACUGAAAAAGAAGUCUAUGAAGCUUCAAAAAUUAAGACAGAAAGGUGGUAUCGUCCAAUCCCUGAGGAAGCUGUCUUGCACAGCAAUCCACAUGGGGUUUAUUCCCCCAAUCAGGAUUAUCAAAAGAACUAA